CAUAUAAGGUCCUCCGCGCAACCUGAUUCUGCGUUUCUCAUCCCUCUUUCAUACCCCCAACGAUGUCCAGCUUUUUCUCAUCUCUGAAGGACAAAGCGCAGUCCGCGGUGAAUUCAGCCGGACUUGGACGAUCUGAUACCACGGAGUCCUCCCAAGCUGAUCAGACGAGCAGCGGGGGCAUCAGUGGAUUCAUGAAAUCUCAUGGCCUGGAGGGCAUUCACCACCAAUUGCGCACGAUGCAGCAGCAGUACUCGAGUUCCACCACGCCUGUACAGAAGAUCGUCACUACCGCCAAGGGUAUCGCGAUUGAUUACGAUUGCGUUUCUCGGGACACGCAUGGUUAUAGCAAGGAGAUGUAUCUUUGGGGCCAGAUAGAAUCGGAAGAUCUCAAGGAUGUUACUGAUCGCCUCGCUUGGCUCAGCUACGUUCAUGGGUCUCUUGCAGGUACACUUGCCAAUAAAAUCAAUAGCUCAAGAACCACAUUCAAGCACCUGCGAGACGCAGAAAAUGCUCUUGCACCACGCCGCAACAUUCGUAUCGGGAUGCAGAACCAGAUCGCGAAGAUGGAGCACGACCAGCGCAAGGACCAGCAGCAGAGAAUGGCUGAACUCAAAGUGCAGCUUCAGAAGAACGAGGAGGAAGACGCGGUAAUGGAGAAAGAUAUCGAAAUUUCGAAGCGCAAAGCUGUCCGGGAGACUGAACGGGAGAAAUGGGAAGCCAUCAGAGAGUUCGCCGAGAAGCUGUCUAUGGUGGCGCAGGCUGCACUCGCUGUCGUUCCCGCUUUGCCCUCGGUUCCGCCUUCUCCCUCGCAGCCCUACCAGGGUGAGAAUACCACUGCCUCUGUCAGGGCAUCACUUCAGCGAGCUCUGGAUAGCUACUCUCCUGGAAACAUAAGUCUCAUCGUUGCGAAUCCCACUUCUGCGGAUUUGAAACACACACGCUCCUUUGGCGAGACUCACGCCCAAGAGCUAUCUCGUAUUGGUGAAACCGAUGCGGAAUCUGCCAAUGUUUCUAUCACACCCCCGCCCAGCACUGCUGCCGCUCCCCCACCUGCACCUUCUAACCACACUGCGUUGCCUUCAUCGCCGAAUCUCUCGCACUCAUCCGGAUCUCCUUUGUCUCCGCUGAGCAAGACCGUCCCGAUUCCUUCGAAUCCACCUCGCUCUCCUGCGUCUGCGCCGUAUCCAGGUACAACCUCGCCUCCGUUGAACCCUGCUAGCCUCAACCAAGCCCCUGCUCCCAUCCCUAUCCCGACCACGACGUCUCCUAUAGUCGCACCUAACCCAACAGAUCCUUCUAUCAAAGUGCCUUCAGUCACGCCGACUGUCGCGGAGACAGGAGUUCCUCAGACUGCAGGGCCUGACGGUCCUGGACCUGCGAGCGGCUCCUUGCUCGACAAGAGGACAUCUCCACCUUCUGCUACCAGUCCAUUCGCUUCUCUUCCCCCUCCACGUUCUUCGGCGACUGCGGAAGACGAGAAGAAGCGGCUUGAACGGGAAGAGCGCGAGAGGCUGCUGCACGGUGAAGCUACCAGUGGCCCCGUUCCUAGCACGGCGGGUUUCGAGAGUGCCGAGGACGAGAAGAAACGUCUUGAAAGGGAAGAACGCGAGAGACUUCUCCGUAGUGAUGCCCCUGACGCUAGCUCGAAGCCUCCUGGCGAAGAUGAUGUCGAGCUACCUCCUUACCAGGAGUUCUAAGUUGACAUUUGCAUCGAUGCUACUAGCAGUGGUGACCCCGACAUUAUUGUACUUGUGCUCACAUGAUUUGAUACGACGAUUUCUAUCUGAAUGUACUUGUCAGUAUACCAUGUAAUAUAAGAUUAUCUUUAUUCAGCUGAACUACAAGUUGCAUUUGGU